AUGAGCAUUGUUGUUAAUAGAUUAAAGAUGAGCAUUGUUGUUGAUAGAUUGAAGAUGAGCGUUGUUGUUAAUAGAUUAAAGAUGAGCAUUGUUGUUGAUAGAUUGAAAGUAAGUAUUGUUAAUAGAUUAAAAGUAAAUGUUGUUGUUAAUAGAUUGAAAGUAAGCAUUGUUGUUGAUAGAUUGAAAGUAAGUGUUGUCAAUAAGAUGAAGAUGAGUAUUGUUGAUGAGAUAAAAGUAAGUGUAAGCAUUGUCGAUGAAAUGAAAGUGAGUUAUUUUGUAAUAGCACUUUAUAUUAGUAUCUAG